CAUAAACCGAAGGAAAUAUGUUUCCAAGCAUGUUAUGUGGAGCAUGCAAAUCUCAUCAUAAUCACAGGAAUUUGAAGAUGAAUAACUUAAAAUCAUUGGAACCGAUAUCAAAUAUCCGGUUUCAGCACUCCAUUCCAUUGGACAUGGAUCCCGAUAACAUCUUGAUCACCACUAUUUCGUCAAAAUCGAAUAAAAUAUUAAACAAAAACGGCGGAGGGUUUAGGAAGAUGGCCAACAAGGUUUCUAAUUUCUCCGACAUGAUCCACCGUGUCACCGCCUCCUGUUUGCUCCACCCACUCUGUUCCGGCAGCAACAACACCGAUGACAUUUCGGAACACGAUACCGGAGAAGACGGUUCUGAAGAAGAAGGCACGUACAAGACUGAAGAGGGAAAUGAAGAAGAAGAUGCAGAAGAGUACUUGGAGGCUGCGGUGGCGAUGGUGGAGGAGCAAAGUGGUUACAGAACCAAGAAGGAGAUUGAAAUGGUGUUGUUAAUGGGUGAGGUGUUUGAAGCGGUGUCAUCUAUGAAGACUGCGUAUGUUAGUCUACAGGAGGCGCAUUGUCCGUGGGAUGCAGAUAAGAUGAGGUUAUCCGACGUGGCGGUUGUGGCUGAGCUGAGGAAAUUGGGGGUUUUUAGAGAGAGGUUCCGGCGGAGUUUCGGGAUGAACAUUGACAGGUCUAAUAAGACGGUGUCGGGGCCGACGCUGAGGGACGUGGUGGCGCCGUAUGAGGCGGCGAUGGAGAAAUUGAAGAUGGAGGUGAGAAGCAAGGAGGCGGAGGUUGAUAACUUGAGAGAGAAAUUAAAGACGGCCACCACCAUCAACGGCAGCGCCGGAAGGAAGUGUAGGUCUCAUUCGCAUCAAUCAAAGAGAAGAGUCAGCUGCAGUAGUCAAUUCCAAUGUCCAUCCACCGUUCCAGUUUCUCCGGCGCCGAUGGUGGUGCCGGAGCUAUUCGAAACAUGUGUGAAAUCCGUUAAAGAAGGAUCGAGAUCCUUUGCGUCACUACUCCUCUCGCUCAUGAAGGCGGCACAUUGGGACAUCACAGCCACCGUCAAAUCCAUCACCGGCACUAACUCCGCCAUAACAGAGUCCAUUGUCGGACCAAAACAAGCCAAAUACUCACUCGAAUCAUAUGUAAACCGAAAAAUCUUCCAAGGAUUCGACCACGAGACAUUCUACAUAGAUGGGAGCAUAUCUUCUAUCCUAAACCCUAACCAAUUCCGAUCAGAAUGCUUCACGCAGUACUCCGACAUGAAAUCAUUGGAUCCGAUGGAGCUACUUGGGAUCCUACCAACAUCCCAAUUCGGAAAAUUCUGCUCGAAGAAGUACCUUUCAAUUGUACAUCCAAAAAUGGAGGAAUCGCUGUUUGGAGAUUUAGAACAGCGACGGCAGUUGUUAGCCGGGAACCAUCCAAGGAGCCGAUUUUACGGCGAGUUCUUGGCGCUGGCGAAGGCGGUGUGGCUGCUUCAUUUGGUUGCGUUUUCGUUGGAUCCGCUGCCGAGCCAUUUUGAAGGGAGUAGAGGGGCGGAGUUCCACCCGGAAUAUAUGGAGAGUGCGGUGAGGUUUCCCGGAGGGAGGGUAAGUAGCGGACUUAUUGUUGGGUUUCCGGUGAGUCCAGGGUUUAAGCUCGGAAAUGGACAUGUCGUAAAAGCGAGGGUAUAUCUUGUACCUAAGACUGAACUUUAGGCGAAGAUUUGAAAUAUUCAACAAAACAAUAAACAAAAAAAA